CGUCAACAAAUGACAGGAGGUAUGUUUGCAUUUCCCCGUUUUGAUCCAUCCAAUUUUACCUAGUUAAUUGUUUAGUUAGUAGCAACCCAACAAGAUUGUCCUGAGAUGGAACCUCAACUAUUGUCUUUGGAUAGAAUCAGUACUCUUCCUCAGCCCCUAAUAGAUACAAUCCUAUGUCUGGUGCCAUUUGGAGAUGCAGUGAGCACCAGUAUUCUCUCAAAGAAAUGGAGAUACAAUUGGGCCAAAAUUCCUAAACUUGUGCUUGACACGGUAUAUAUGUUUGAUGUGGGGUCUAUGCCUGGCGACUUUAAGCGUACAAUCUAUGAUGCUAUAAAGAAAGUGUUGUUUCUGCACGAGGGUCCUAUACACGAGUUCACCUUUAUCUUGAAUAUAAAUAACAUAUCCGUUGAAAUUGACCAAAUGAUAACUCAUUUGUCGAGGAACAAUAAUACUACUCUCAAGAAAUUUAAACUUGACUUGGGUGAUCAUGACCAUCUGUAUCGGUUGCCUUUAUCUAUCUUUUCGUUGCAUCAGUUAACAGACCUAUAUCUCCAUGUCUGCGAUCUCGACUUUGGACCAACAUUCAGUGGAUUUCAUUGCCUUAAAAGCUUACAUCUCGAGGAUGUGAGGGUUACUACAAAAACACUUCUCCAUCUUCUAUCGAAAUCUCCAUUACUUAAGAGCUUCACUCUGAUUAUAACUGAAUUCCAUAUCUACGAGAAUCGAUAUCUUUUCAAUUGGGACAAAUACACCCUUACUGACCUAUUUGAGUGUUUACAUAUGAUUGAACAUUUCUGCGUCUCGAUGUUGGUAAUUGAAGUAGUAUUUUGUCUGGGUGUGGUUCCACGAGAGCUUCCACCCUCAUUAGCCCACGUCAAACAGUUAACUUUAGACGAAGUGUUUUUCCCCCAGAAUAUACCUUUUGCUCUUCUUAUCAUCAGAAGUUCCCCAAACCUUGAGAAGCUUAAGCUGCAGAUGUGUGAAGAACCAAAUACUCAGCAAUCUCUGAUUGACAACGUUACGUAUUCAGCCAUUCCGUUGGAGCAUUUGAGAGAAUUUGAGAUUGAAGAUUUUGCCAACAUGAAAUCCGAGUUGGAUUUUGUGAAGUUUAUUUUGACCAAGGCACCUGUGCUUGAGAAGGUGAGCAUAUUCCUUCACCAUGAGGUUGAUAUGCAUGAAGAGGUGAUGAUGUUAAGAAAACUGUUACGAUCUCCACGUGCAUCGCCAAAUGUAGAGAUCAUUGUUGAGCGUCCACCUAGAAAGUAUAAAGGGAGGAUACAUUAUCUGGAUCCCCUUUGAUUGCAGUUGGCUUCAAAUCGUAUUAGACCACUGAAUAACUGCUCGGAUUGAUUUUGAUGACCUUUGGUUGUUAGGUGCUACUUGUUUGUCUGUGUGUGUUUUUUUCGUUUAUCAGUUAAUCCAAUGGAUGUUAUAGCCCUGAUCUCAGUCUUGUUUUUCUUGGAGUAUAUAUUAUGGCUGUACAGUGGCGGUUUAUUGGCUUAUGUAGUGCCUUCAGUUGGGCACGACUUAUUUUAGCACUGCAUUAUCUGUUGGCAUUGAUUA